CUCCCUCUCCGUCUCAUUCCAGGUCCAGGAUGGGGGCCACAUCUGUCUGGGCCUUGGGCCUCCUCAUACUCCAGAUGCUGCUCUUUGUGGCAGGGGAGCAGGGCACACAGGACGCCACCACUGCAGCGGCAACCACCGAGAAGGGGCUCCGCAUGCAGAAGGUGGGGUCUGGGUCGGUCCGGGCUGCACUGGCAGAGCUGGUGGCUCUUCCCUGUCUCUUCACCCUGCAGCCAUGGCUGGGUGCAGCCCGGGAAGCCCCUCGAGUCAAGUGGACCAAGGUGCGGACCGCAUCAGGUCAGCGGCAGGACUUGCCCAUCCUGGUGGCCAAGGACAAUGUGGUUCGAGUGGCCAAGGACUGGCAGGGACGCGUGUCACUGCCUGCCUACCCCCGGCACCGGGCCAAUGCGACGCUGCUGUUGGGGCCGCUGAGAGCCAGCGACUCGGGGCUCUACCGCUGCCAGGUGGUGAAGGGCAUCGAUGAUGAGCAGGAUCUGGUGCCCCUGGAGGUGACAGGUCAGUUGGGGGGGGGGUAG